AAUAGCUACUUUGAGUAUUUGUUUUUUGUUGGUUGAUUGAUCUGCCUUUUGCCUAUGCCUUCGCCUUUUCCGUCGACGCUUUGAAGGAAACAAAAUCCUUUGUAGAAACACCUCGAUCUCAUCGAACUCCCUCAAGAUUUCUUCUUCUCUUUUUAUCACUUCACUCUCCACAUUGGCUCUCUCUGCCUCUCAAAGGUAGAUUUUCAGUUUCUGCUGUCAAAUAUCACUUUUUGAGAAUGGCUGCAACAGUAGCUUCCAGCCUUCAAAUAGCAGCAGCAAGACCCUGUAUUUCAUCUUCUCCCAGAGUUGUUAAAGCAGGUGCUGCCAUUCUAGGUGCCAAUUCCAAAAGCGUAUCAUGGACUAAGCUAACAAGUGCUUGCAACAUAUCAUCUUUAGAGCCUUUCCGACGCAGUUUUAUGUCAUCUCCAGUAAAGUUUAACAAGGUUGUGACAAAUGCAAUGUCUGAAUCUAGUGAAAAUAAGCCCAUUUCUGGGUUGCCAAUUGACUUGAAAGGUAAGAGGGCAUUUAUUGCUGGUGUAGCCGAUGACAAUGGUUAUGGCUGGGCAAUAGCAAAAUCUCUUGCUGCUGCAGGUGCUCAAAUACUAGUCGGAACUUGGGUGCCUGCUUUGAACAUAUUUGAAACCAGCUUGCGACGUGGAAAGUUUGAUGAAUCACGCUUAUUGCCAGAUGGCUCUUUAAUGGAGAUUACCAAAGUAUAUCCCCUAGAUGCAGUCUUUGACAACCCUGAUGAUGUACCUGAAGAUAUAAAAACAAAUAAGCGUUAUGCAGGAUCCUCAAAUUGGACUGUUCAGGAAGUUGCUGAAUCUGUUAAACACGAUUUUGGGAGCAUUGACAUUCUUGUGCAUUCACUAGCUAAUGGGCCAGAGGUCAGCAAACCUCUUUUGGAGACAUCUCGGAAGGGAUAUCUUGCAGCUUUAUCUGCUUCAAGUUACUCCUACAUUUCUUUACUCAAGCAUUUUCUCCCAUUAAUGAAUCCAGGGAGCUCUUCAAUUUCCCUUACAUACAUUGCUUCUGAGCGUAUUAUUCCAGGAUAUGGUGGAGGUAUGAGUUCUGCCAAAGCUGCUCUAGAAAGUGACACAAAAGUACUUGCUUUUGAAGCAGGAAGAAAACACAAAAUUAGGGUCAACACAAUAUCUGCUGGUCCACUAAGAAGUCGUGCUGCAAAAGCAAUCGGAUUUAUUGAUACGAUGAUCGAAUAUUCAAUGGCCAAUGCACCUCUCCAGAAAGAACUAUCUGCAGAUGAGGUGGGGAACACUGCUGCCUUCUUGGCUUCACCUUUGGCUUCAGCUAUCACAGGUGCUGUCAUAUAUGUUGAUAACGGUCUGAAUGCAAUGGGUGUUGGAGUUGACAGUCCCAUAUUUAAAGACCUCAACAUUCCAAGCGACAAGCGUUAGGAGUAGCUGCCUUGGUGUUGUUAGCAAAUCUGAUGCUGAAGGUUUAUUGUCGGCACCGCGUCUUGGAUGUUUGAUCAGCGGCCCCUUGAGAAUUCCAUGCCCUACCAUUUUUGUUUUUUUGUUUUUUUUUUGGUACACUGACUUUUCUGCCAACUCUAGAUCAAACUCUUUUGAGUGAACAAUUUCAAUUAAUAGAUCGAUUUGCCGCUGUUUCAUUUA